AUGACACUACAAUUACACGGAAACAUUAAAAAUUAUGAGUUCGUUCGGUCAGCUGAGACAAAAGAUGAGGUCGAAAUUCAAGAUUCCAUAACCCACGAAGUUUUGUACAAAAAGUUUAGACAAACGUCUACCCAAACUUAUCGUUCUCAGUUAGUUGAUCCAAUACCCGAGGUUCUUCUCGUCGAAAUAGAAGGAAAAAGUUCGAAGGAUAAAUUGAAAAAGGUUAUGUUGUAUCAGCCCGACGACACCCUUGAAUUGAAGGAUACUGGAAUACUGGGAUUCGAAUAUAAGUUUUCAUGGGAGGGAGAGAAUUAUGUCUGGAAGAGAAGAAGUCUAGGAUUUUCCAGAGAAAUAGAAUGCAAAAUGGUACAUGGUGAUGAUCCGGGUAUAGGAGUCGCCAUCUUUAAGCCGGGAAAAAAGACCAUUGGACACAUGACCAUCAUGUAUUUCAACUUGGAGAGAAUCGGGGUUAAUGAUAAACGUGGACUAGAAUAUGUUUUAUUGAUAACGAUGUUCUCAUUUUUAGACAAAUUGGAGGAUGAGAGUUCGAGUAAAAAAAAAAAUGUGACGGUUGAUGGUCUUAAUGAGGUGGUAGAAGAAGGAUCGAGUGAAACUAAGAAAAAGGAGAAAUGGAGAAAGAAAAAAUCAUCAGAAAAAAAAGAACAAAAGGAAAAAGAAAAGAGACUAGUUGAAGAAAGGAGAUUGGCUGAAGAGAAUGAAGUGAGGAGACGAGAGAUGGAAAGGAGGGAGGAAGAAAGGUUACGUGAAACAGAGAUUAAACAGAAGGAACUAUUAAAGAAGCUGAAGCAAGAAAAGGAGGAUCAGGAAUAUGCGAGAAAAUUAUUAUUAGAGGAGGAAGAAGAAGAAGAAGAAGAAAGAUUAUCAUCACAUAAUUACCUGAGGGACAAGAGUAAUCAGCGACCUCGAAAUAAUUUCGCAUAUGAAGAACACCAACUCCGUACACCAUCCUCCUCGUCCACAAGCACGACAUAUUCUCCUUGGGAAACGAAUUAUCGUAACACCUAUUAUGGCAAUCCUGCCGCUGGCGCUAUGUUCAAUCCUGAAAACUCCCCGCCCACGACCCCACCUCCAAAACGCACAAAGAAGAAACCCAAAGAGUAUAAAAAUGAAUACGGAUGGUGA